AUGGCGUUUCUUUGUUCUUUGAUAUAUUUAAACACGUGUAUUCUCCCCCUCCAGAUAGUGCACGGGCUGAAGAGCAGCGACGUGGCCAAGACCUUCCGGAAAGCCAUCAAUAAGAAAGAGGGACUCAGGAACGUGGCGGGAACGUCGGAGCAGUCGGGAACGCAGCACUCUUACUCAGAGGAGGAGAAGGUGGCGUUUGUGAACUGGAUCAAUAAAGCUCUGGAGAAAGAUGCUGACUGUAAGCACGUCCUGCCGAUGGACCCCCACACCGACGACCUGUUCACCGCCAUGGGGGACGGCAUCGUGCUCUGUAAGAUGAUCAACCUGUCCGUCCCCGACACCAUCGACGAGAGGACGAUCAACAAGAAGAAACUCACUCCCUUCACCAUCCAGGUAACUCACACUUUAAU